AUGCAACUUCUUCCCCUUCUUCUCGCUACACUCGUCUCGGCCGAGCACUUCACCGUGACUCUGCUGGACCAGACCCACUCUGCUCUUUCCAAGCAUGCCGAGAGCAACAAGUGGAACGCCAAGAAGCUCGGUUUCUCCAAGCACCUGGCCGUGGCUCUGGUGGACCAUAUUGACCACGAUAUCAACUAUCUUUACGGCGAGACCAAGAAGUUUUCCAUUGCUGGCGGCAACUCGCUGGCCAACUAUCUGGACGUUUCGUCCGGCUCCACCGGCGAGAACGAGCCCAUUCUGAUUGUAGUCAACAGCCAUGAGACCCCCGAGUUUGACGACGAGGCCAUCUACCACGCUCGAACUCUUCGGGAGUCCGUCACCCCUGAAAUGCGAGGCCAGAAGCUUGCCAGCGUCGUUCGAGAGAUCAUGGGAAUCGCCUCUCGAAGUGCCCGGGAUCUGGAGAAGAGAAACGCUCCCGCCGGCGGAGGAUUCUGCAACCAUCCCAACUGUCCCGUCUUCUGUCCCGGAUGUCUCAUUGAAGAUCUCGGGGAGGGACAUGAGACUGAAGAGAAUGUUGAGACUGAUGAGUCUCCCGACCAGGAGUAG